GCUGAGGCGGGAGGACCCCGGAAGAGGGCACAGCAGACCAGGACCUGAGGGUCACUGCCGAGGACCCUGGGCUUGUGCUUGGGAUGACGUAGGUGGGCCCCGAACCUACACCUCGGACUGAUCUGGGGAGACUCUUGGCUCUGAACUCAUAAUGAAAGAGACAAGAAGUGGAGGAGCAUUUUGUGAGUCUAGCGGCUGUAGACGUUAUUCGGCACGGCUAAGUUGCCAAAGGCAUGCGCUGAAGUAAACAAGAACAGUAACCAGAAUUAGGAGAGUGUCGAUACGGGUCCUCUUGCCUUUCCUUUCCAUUUUAUCCAUCAGAAAAAAAGUGUUGGUUCACAAUUCGGCCAUUUGAACUGGGGGGUGAAGUGGCUGUAUUUAAGAUUUACUUAUGUGAGGAAUUGUCACAUUGAGGUUAUUUUCUACUUUUAGUCAAUUUACAAUAGGAAUGUAUAUUUACUGUGAUUCACUGUCCCCAUAAUUACUGCCAGUAAUUUUCCAUAUUCCUGUAUUGUAAAGAUAUAGGAGAUUUUUAAGUUUUAAGGUGGGAGGCCGUGUUGCAAAUAUGCUGUAACUGUCGUUAAGUUUAUGUGUUUUGCGUAGACCAUCCUAGCACCAGGUGUAAUGGUAAAUAGGAUUUCCUGGGAGAUCUCAGGCAGGAAGGAGAAUGAACAAGGUCCCUUGAGCUCUCGUUAUCCUGUAGGGGUGGAGAGGAGGAUGCUGAGGGGAGGCACAAAUACACCCUCUAACAAGCUCCCAGGUGACCUCAGGGCUGCUGUUGUGAUUUUCAUUCCAAGUAACAGUCUCUCACUUGAAAAACAAGGGAGGAUUUGUUGGGUGGGAUCUUGUUGGAGGAAAGGCACUUUAGAAGAGGAGCCUGAAGAAUUCAGCUGUGGGGAUCAGCUUGAACCAGUUGUAUGAGUCAGUUCUUGCCAGCAUUUGAAGAGAAAGGUUGUAAAACAGGCUCCUUUAGAACAGUUUCAUCUGUCAUGGAAAAACGGGAGACAUUUGUCCAAGCGGUUUCUAAGGAACUGGUUGAAGAGUUUCUGCAGUUUGUUCAACUUGACAAAGAUUCUUCUGAUCCUUUCAGCUUGAGUGAGUUACUCGAUGAAUUAUCAAGGAAACAGAAAGAAGAAUUAUGGCAAAGGCUGAAGGACUUACUGACAGAAACGCUGUUAGGAAGCCCUGUGGAUGGGUGGCAGACAGUGGAAGACCAGGGUGAAGAUGGAAUGGAAUCCGAACACAGUCCAAAGAUGAAAAAGAGCAUAGAAAUAACACAUGCAAUUACAUCUGUAAUUCUUGCUUCUAUAUCUGUAAUAAAUGAACAUGAGAACUACGGGGCCCUCCUGGAGUGUGCUGUUAUAUUAAAUGGUAUUUUGUAUGCACUACCUGAAUCUGAACAAAAACUCCAGAACUCUAUUCAGGAUCUGUGUGUCAAAUGGUGGGAAAAGGGCCUGCCUGCCAAGGAGGACAUGGGAAAGACUGCAUUUGUCAUGCUGCUAAGGAGAAGUCUGGAGACCAAAACAGUCGCAGAUGUAUGUCGGUUGUGGCACAUCCAUCAGGCUUUAUACUGCUUUGCUUAUGAUUUGGAGGAAAACAGAGACAUUAAAGACAUGUUGCUCGAGUGCUUCAUAAAUGUUAACUAUAUCAAGAAAGAGGAGGGAAGAAGAUUUCUUAGUUUUCUCUUUAGUUGGAAUAUUGACUUUAUUAAAAUGAUCCAUGAGACCAUUAAAAACCAGUUGUCUGGAUUACAAAAGUCUUUGAUGGUGCACAUUGCAGAAAUUUAUUUCAGAGCUUGGAAAAAGGCUUCAGGGAAAAUGUUGGAGACCAUUGAAAACGACUGCAUCCAGGACUUCAUGUUCCAUGGCAUCCACCUUCCAAGGAGGUCUCCAGUGCACUCCAAAGUACGAGAGGUGCUGAGUUACUUUCACCAACAGAAAGUCCGUCAGGGAGUGGAAGAGAUGUUGUAUAGGUUAUAUAAGCCCAUCCUCUGGAGAGGACUGAAGGCCAGGAAUUCUGAAGUUCGGUCAAAUGCUGCGUUGUUGUUUGUCGAAGCAUUUCCUGUUAGAGACCCAAACUUCAUCGCUGCCGAAAUGGACAGUGAAAUCCAGAAGCAGUUUGAAGAGCUCUAUAGCCUUUUAGAAGAUCCUUAUCCGAGGGUCCGUUCCACAGGCAUCCUUGGUGUUUGUAAAAUAACGUGUAAAUACUGGGAAAUGAUGCCCCCAACCAUUCUCGUUGACCUCUUGAAGAAAGUCACAGGGGAGCUGGCGUUUGAUACAAGUUCAGCUGAUGUUCGUUGUUCUGUUUUUAAGUGCUUGCCCAUUAUUUUGGAUAACAAACUGAGCCACCCAUUAUUAGAACAACUUUUGCCACCACUCAGGUACAGUCUCCACGAUAAUUCAGAGAAAGUGAGGGUGGCUUUUGUGGACUUGUUGCUGAAAAUCAAAGCUGUGAGAGCUGCAAAGUUUUGGAAAAUAUGCCCCAUGGAGGACAUUUUGGUUCGCCUCGAAAUGGACUCUCGGCCUGUGUCUCGGCGCCUGGUGAGCCUCAUCUUCAAUUCUUUUCUGCCUGUGAACCAGCCAGAGGAGGUGUGGUGCGAGCGAUGUGUCACACUGAUCCAGAUGAACCGUGCAGCUGCCAGGAAGUUCUACCAGUAUGCCCACGAGCAUACCGCCAGCACCAACAUAGCAAAGCUCAUCCACGUCAUCCGCCACUGCUUGAAUGCCUGUAUCCAGAGGACUCUCCGAGAGUGCCCAGAGGCCCAUAAGGAGUGCGAGAAGGAGAACGCCAGUGUACUAGACAAAACAUUGUCAGUGAAUGACACUGCGUCCAUGGCGGGUCUGCUAGAAAUCAUUGUGAUCCUCUGGAAGAACAUCCAGAGAAGUCUGGAAAAUAAUAAAGAGGCCAAAGUUUAUACCAUUAACAAGUUUGCAUCUGUGCUUCCAGAGUAUCUGAAGGUGUUCAAGGACGAGCGCUGCAAGAUCCCUUUGUUCAUGCUAAUGUCCUUCUUGCCAGCCUCUGCUGUCCCUGUGUUCAGCUGUGGUGUGAUUUCUGUCCUGAGGAAUCAGGAGGAGAGUGUUACAGGCAGGAGCUACUGUACCUUGCUGGAUUGUCUCUGUUCCUGGGGACAAGUGUCACAUGUCCUGGAGCUCAUUGUUGACUGGCUGCCUACAAGGCCACCUCAGACCAAGGGUAAUUUGGCCUCUAAACGUAAAGUGCAAAUCAAUGACACAUGCCCAGUGAAACCUGAGUUAGCAUUGUUGUACAUGGAGUAUUUGCUGACCCAUCCAAAGAAUCGAGAGUGUCUGCUCUCUGCACCCCAGAAGAAACUUAACCAGCUUUUAAAGGCACUUGAGGGGUCCAAGGCAGAUCUGGAAUCACUUCUUCAGUCUCCAAGUGGGAAUGCCCUCAACUUCAACAAAGCAACUGCCCUGCACGCCUUUGGUCUCUACUGUAGGCUGAGCGUCCAUCUUCAGUACACGUUCUGCUCAGAAGAGAAAAUACAUCUGUCCAUCUUGAAUGAAACUGGAUCUUGGUUAGAAAACAAAGUUUUACCUCUUCUUCAAGACCAAGAAGAAGAGUAUCUGAAGCUUCGGAGUGACGUCUAUCAGCAGGUUAUCCAGACUUACCUGGCUGUGUGUAAAGAUGUUGUCAUGGUGGGCCUUGGAGACCCUAAAUUUCAGAUACAACUUUUACAGAGGAGUCUCGUAAUAAUGAAAACAGUGAAGGGAUUUUUUUACAUUUCAUUACUUCUUGGCAUUCUGAAGGAGAUAACUGGAAACUCCAUGAUUCAGAAAACAGAUUCAGAUGAAGAAAUCACAAUGCUGUUUGACUCAGUCCAGGAAGUAUUUCAGAAGAUGUUGGAAUGUGUUGCCUGGACCUUCAGGAAGCAGCCAGAAGAAAGUCUGCCGCUCUUUCAUUCUGUCCAGACCCCUCUUCAUGAAUUUAUCAACACUAUCCAAUCCUGGUACAAGGACACUGCAGUCCACCAUGGUGUUCUUUCUACAUUGAUUGCUGCGCCUGUGGUUGAAAUAAGUCAUCAGCUGCGGAAGGUCUCUAAUAUAGAAGAACUGACCACACCACAGUGUCUUGCUGACCUUCCUCCAUUUUCAAGGUGUUUAGUGGGAGUAAUAAUGAGGUCUUCGGAUGUGGUCAGGUCAUUUUUGGAUGAACUAAAGGCGUGUGUAACCUCUGGUGAUAUUGAAGGCAUUGUGUGCCUCACAGCUGUUCUGCAUAUUAUUUUGAUUAUUAACAAAGGUAAACAUAGAAGUGCAAAGCUGAAGGAGGCUGUAGAGACUGUGAACAGAAAGCUGAAGACAUUUAUGGAGAUCACGUUGGAAGAGGAUAGCCUCGAAAGGUUCCUGUAUGAAUCAUCAAUGAGAACUUUGGGAGAAUUUCUGAAUUCAUGACAAAACCACCGUCUUUGGGUGUGUAGAAAUAGAGACUCAUAGGGUGAAAUGUGUGCAUACCUUUCUUGCUUUCUCUUCUUUUGUCAGACUAAGCCUGGAGGCCUGAGUCUGUAGCUACCCAAAGAUGAAGGCCAGUACAGCACUGGUGCUCUACCAUACACACUGUGCCUUUAACCAGCUGGCAGAGAUGGAGAGUGGUAAAGAUAAGUGGGAGAAAGACUGGCAAGCAGCUUGCACUCUUCCCCAGAAGCCCUGGCAAUUCGUAUGGGAACUGUGGCCUUGGCCAGCUCUUAAGCUCGUUGGCCUAUGACUUACCCACUAUUUAUUAUUUGUUGUGAAAUUUUUACUGGAACAGAUUUUUCUUGGGUCUUUCAGCAGGGCUGCCAUUAGCCCACACAGGGCCUCUGUUCAGAUGAUGAAAAGAAUCACUUCGCCCAGACAGUUUACUGCCAUCUGUUGUACAGUUGUAAUAAAUACACCAAUACACAGCACUGAUACAAAGUGUCUUCUUGCUCCAUUGCACUUAUGUUGUGCUCAACUUUUACAUCUGAACCCAGCAGCCCUACUCCAGAGGCAGUGCCCUCCUUCCACUGAAGGUCAUUAUCAGAUCAGAGAAGGCUUCUUGUUUGAGUGUUGCUGUGUACCAUACACAGUUAGGGAUAGAGCAAAAAUCAAGCUCAAAAAUGCCUGCCAAAGGAAGUGAAUUGAGGAAGGCUGUUGCUAGGAGUGAGUUGCUACCUAGAAACGAUUGUCAUAUCUUAAGGCCAUGGUAGAGUGUUGCUCAGUGGACGCACAUGCACAAUUGGACCUGUUUUUCCUCUGCAGGUCUAUGGCAGAGGCACAGACCUUUUCUUAUAUUGAUGAUUAUAGGAGAGUAAGCAGAGAACUCAAGAGUUAAAGGUUUGUCCAGGGCCCAUAUAAAUAAUGGAUUAAUAGCUGGGCAGUGGUGGCACACUCUUUUAACCCAAGUGCUUGGAUAGCAGAGGCAGGAUGAUCUCUAUGAGUUUGAGGCCAGCCUGAUCUACAAAGUGAGUUACAGGACAGCCAAGGUUACACAGAGAAACCCUGUCUCGAAAAACAGAAACAACAACAAGUAAUGGAGUAAUGAUGUGAAAGAGAAAAAGGAUCUGGUUUUAAAGUGACAUUUGUAUAAUAUGGUAACCAUGAAUAGGCAAGUUUGUGUCCUUCAUUUAAAAAUGCUGGCAAGUGGUCCCCUGUGCACAUUUGGAGAAACGAUGGCACCAGCACUGUGGUAAAAGAAUCCUCUGCCUCUGGGUAAUCCUAGCUUCUAUAGCCUCUCCCCAUCAGCACCCUUCCCUCAGCAAGACUCUGGCAAGUAGGAUUGAGUACCCUGAACUCAGGGUGGAGAGCUCAGAGAUCAGUGCAUUGGUGAUGGUGGAUGGCCUCAGCAGGUGGUGAAGAUGAAAGAUCAAGCUAAGAAUUGUGAUACCACACAGUAUUUGACUUUUGCAGAAAUCGAACCAGUUUGCCUUCCAGUCAGCUUACGAUAAAUUCAACAAGGAUGUGCAGAAGUUGGCAAACUAACAAAACUUGCCUAUUUUAAUGAAAUAGUGUAGGUGUGGUGUGCUGCUGGGAGACCAUUUGCAGAAUAAGAAGACUUUACAUCAUGACAUAGCAUGUCUUGCAACUUACUAAAGACCAGGAGUAGGAACUAAAAUGUUAAACCCUGUCCUAAACAUCUGUGAGAAAUGUGGCACUUUUGAUAGGAACAGAUCAUCAGUCAGGGAGAGAUUCUCCAGGAAGUUGGCUUUGAGAUUAUUGAGACAAGAACAACUACCACAAGAAGACAGAGCCUUCGGUGCUCGUGUGCUUAGAAAAUUGAAAGUCUCUUCUGUAUGGGAUGAAGAUUCGUGAAAGAACUCAGACAACUGAACAAAUUACAUUUUUCCCCCUUGCUAGUGGCCAAAUAAAUGAGAAGCUGUUGAUUAUCUGCACUGCAGCUCUUUUCCUCUCCUGGUUUUGUUGUUUGUUCUGCUUCUGUUCCUCUUAAGGUUUUGAUACUUUCAGGGACUUUUUAAAUAAUAAAAGUCAUGGCUUUUAACUGACCUGAA